AUGUCUGUUAAUCAGACCUACAUAGUUAAACUAGUGGUGACCAAGGAUAUUCGCAUUUCCACUGUUUAUCAAGUUAUCCAUCUGAUAGAAGGGGACCCCCCAGAAAUAUAUCAAAGGUUAGAGAUCUACCUCGUUUUUUCUGUUAUUAUUUUGUUUGUUUGGUUUGUUUUUACUGAUGUUUUCGUUGCCGUUGUUAAUAUCUUUAUUUGUUCUUGACUUCGUACUAUUUCUCUUUUUUUUCGCUACUGAUGCUUCUGUCUUCCAAUUCUAGCUGUUUUGUCUCUGGUUUCGUUAUUUUUCGUCGUUUCUGUUGCCGUCGUUUCAUAUAAUUUGUUGUUGCUGAUAAUGAUGUUGUUGUUGAUAUUGUCGUUUUGUUUAUUAUUGUUGUUGUAGCUACUUCAUUAGCAGAUGUUCAUAUCAAUGUUAAAUUGCAGCUACUGCUGUAGUUGUUCUUCUUAAUUACAUGAUCUCAUCAGACAAAGAAAGUUCAAAACCUCUUCUCCAUUGAGCGUUCGUCUAAUAUUUUUCGCUUCAUUUUAGGUGUUUCUUUAACUGUCAAGCUAAAGUGAGUCCCUUGGUAAAACUUAGUAUCGAAUCACAAUGUCGCGGAUUACAGUGCUCUAAAAUAUCUUCCUAUAAGUGGGUGCUCUACCAGCAGUUCAAGCGAAACACCUCCUUUACUUGGCAAAGGAAACAUAAUCUAAGACUUAUCACAAGUACACCGCUGAAUUCAAGUGACAUUGUUAUCAAAGGGGGUUCCCUUGCUGGUGGAAAUAAGUACCGGUUGGCACUAUUCGUAACAAUUACGGACGGUUUAAGGGUAAUGAAUGCUUACGAAUUUUCUACAGCAAUACCCCCUACAGGGGGGAACUGCUCGAUUACUCCGCCAAGCGGCAUCUCACUGAAGACUGAUUUCAGUCUGAGCUGUAGCCAUUGGAAAAGUGAAAACAACCCUCUGUCCUACCAGUUUCAAUACAGGCUAAAGAACGAUCUGUACAAUGUUUUAUAUCGUGGCGUUAACAACAAUAUAAAUACCUCUUGGAUACCGCCUGGGAACAAUGCAUAUAGUUUUGUUGUCAAAGUUAUCGCUACAGUGACUGACAACUUUGGAAUUUCUGCUUCCCCAGUCUCUUCGGCAGUUCAGGUAAGUUGCUAACCAUUAAUUUAAUAUCUAGCAUGAAAGGAUGUGAGGAUAUUUCAAUUUAUUUUGGUCCCUAUUAAUAAUAGAUUAGUUAUGGACGCCUGCUUUUGACUUUUGCAGAUCAAGCCAUAUCAGAAUGUAAGCACCGAUUUUAUCACAAACCUUCUACUAGCAAAGGACAGUUUAUUUCAGAAAUCUAUCGAAAUCGGAAACCUGAGAGAAGCGGCGCUAAUAGCAAACUCGGUCAUGCUAUCAGUUUCACAAGAAACCUCAAUGAAUUUGCAGGAGAGAUACAAGGUAUUUCUAAAAUCCAACUUGUUAUUUAAAAAGUGAAAUAAAACUAGCUCAUUAUGAUCGUAUCCGAAAAACAAAGAGUUUAUUAGGAGCCAAACAUAAAAAAAAAAAAUUAAUAAUAAAUAAAUAAAAAGCAAUAAAGCAUUUGUAUUUAAAUGAUGAUGAUAAUCAUAAUCAUAAUAAUCAUAAUGAUGAUGGUAAACUCAACUGUCGAGGAACAGACGAAUAUAAUACUUUAAAUAUAUGAACAUAUUUUUGAGAAAGAUUGAAGCUUGUCUGUUAAAUAUCUGAUAUUUUUGCUGUGCGAGAGUCGUGGCUUCCACGUUACAUGUUCAAAUUCCAUUAUUCUCGCGGGUUGAGCGUGUUAGCAUACAAUUUUGUCUUACGUUGCUAUAAGUGAAGAACGCUCAGGAACCUUAAAUUAAAUUUCAAAUGAAUAUUUACAGCGUCUUGAAAAUGAGGCUAGCAAUUUAUUUCAUGGGCUCAACUCACCAGACUUUCCUUUAUUUCAGCUUAAACAUUUUCGGUGUUUUGAUUCAUUUGCAUCAAUCAUGCGCUUAUAAAUAUGUCAUUUUGAUGGCAUUUAACUGACAUUGGGAAACCUGAUACUUUGAGUCUCCUAUUUAGAUCUAUUAUCUUUGAAACGAGCCUGACAUGCGAGAUACAGUCUAUCUGGCUAAUUCUUUAAUGCUUAAUGAACACUAAGCUGAUAUGUUUAUCGUUGAUCAAGGUUAUGAACUACAUCCUUGAAAAAGUUUCGCCCUUGGGAGCAAAAACUGUCUCCGACCUGCUUCACAAAUCUUCAGCUAUCGGUUCUGCUCUUCAGGUUUUGGAAAAAGUGCCCCAUCAGUCUCUGGUAAGUUAAUUAUGUCAUAUUGAUUGACACUAUUUAGCCAGAAAGGCUCAAGAAACAACAACAAUAACAAAGGAAAUGAAAACAAACAGGCAUGAAAAAUAAGCAACUGUUGCGUUAUCAAAUGAAGCAAUCUAUAAGUUUGAACUUAAUUUAGCUAAUUCGCCACAAACUAUUUCUACAAAGCCAAUGGAAAGAAGUCGGAAAGUAAGCAUUUUUAUCUUAAUUUAUAUCCAUUUGCACUCCACAGAAUAUCUCCUUAUUUGCUAUUAGUUCGAUGACGUCACUCCUAUGGUCUAUCGCCCAGAAACAACUUGUAGCAGACACACCAUUGACAAUGCAAUCAGCAGAAAACUUGGCCUCAUGUCUUAACAGCGUGUUGAAGGCAGCAGCAGUGACUGCAUCCGAAGACUCUAAGUCAAGUUUUCAACAACAGGUACUGUAAUGUACAUUUAGGGUGUGUCGAAAAAUUUACACCAGACAGACUCCUCAAAACUUAUUUAUACAUGCAAGCAUAAUAUUAGACUAACUUUAUUAAAGAAUGGUAUACUGCAGAUUGCUGUUAACUUCACCGUUAUUCCCGUCAUCCAGAUUUUGGACCUAGUUGUUUGUUUCACGCUUGCGAAAAUUCAUAAUUUUUUAAAAUAAAUAUUCUAUGUUUAUUUUUGCAAUUUUCACAGGGUAAACUAUUGGUGAAGAUUUCAAUGAAAGCCCUAGAGAAAGUUGCAGACUCAUUGUUAGCCUUGACAGUACCUGAUGAAAGAAUGAUACCAUUCACAGCAGGACAACUAUCCAUGACGCUCGGAAGAUUUAGCCUGCAGAGACUUUCAGGACUGGAAAUUAAAGCAGGAAAAGGCCGGUUUAUCUUACCGUCUAAGAGCCAGUUGUUGCUCUCUGGAGUAAACAAAACAAGUUUUGUAGAUGUUCAGGUAGGUACUCCUGCCCCACAGGCACAUUUCAAUUAAUUUUUUUUUUUUUUUUUUUUUGGGGGGGGGGGGGCAGAUACAGACCCCAGUCAAGUUAAAGUAGCACAUUAGGUACCAUAAAGGUUGCUUCUUACCUGCAGCAAUCUUAUAUCUUGUUUUGAUUUUGAUAUGUUCAACUCUGGUACUUGGGACAGCAAAAGAAACCGAAUCAAUCUUGAUUCUCUUAAGAUAGCCUUCACUAAACUUUAAAAUCGAGUAAAUAACAGGAUCAGAUCUCUUAUAAGCCAUUUUUGUCGUUUUUCAUUGGAGUUUCAAAAAGCUGGCUAUGAAAAUAAUCCAUAAUAAGUGACCAUACGAGUUUCAUUUCAUUUUUCUUACAUUUCCAAAUAUAUUGUUAUUUCCAUUUUGCCCUCAACUUAUGGUAACUUAUGAUUUAUACUGACAGCACAUUCGUUGUUUACACGUAUAACUAUAGCAGUCUCCAAAAACAAACAAGCAGGCAAAAUUGUUAAUCAUUCUUCUUUUAGAUGCUGUCAAUCUCUUUUAAUCCUUACACUUGGGACGGCACAAAGGAGCGAGUUGCCUCUGAUGUUGUAACCCUGAAGCUGAAAAACAACAAAAGAGAGCUGAUUAAAGUAUCAAAUCUCUCUGAAGACAUCGUCAUCGUUACACCUUUGAAACCUGAUGAAAACUUUACAAAAAUAAAAAAAUAUUUCACAAGGGAUGACAAUUUACUUUUUCAUGUGAUAGAAGUUAGAUUUGAAAACACAUGGCUGAUGCUGGAAAUCAAACCUCAAGAUCCAACCGCACAUAUGUUUGUCUAUAUGCGUUUUGGUCAGCGGCCGACAACUCAAGACUACGACCUUAAUGCCACUAUCUCUCAUGGCGAAAAGUGUGUUUGGGUGCUAAGUGCUCAUGACAAAAGUGAAGGGCAAACGGUCUGCUCCUUGAAUCCACAUGAACCGAUACAAUUUCUGGCUGAGCGUCCUGGGAAAUACUUUCUCGGCUUAAAACAUUACAAUGCCACAGUGAACUUAUCUCACAAAAGGGGGAAAAGAUCUUGUUUUGGCGGAAGGCGAAGGAAGCGCUCCUGUGUCGAAGUCAAAGAUGCACCACCCACCCCACCCCAGAGUGAAAAUAUCUUUGUGAUACCAAUUUAUGAUUCCACAAGAGACCAGAACUACACUCUAAAGGUGGCCUUAGGUAGUUGUGUUUACCGGUCAGAAAAAAUUGACAAGUGGAUAUCAUCUGGUUGUCGAGUAAGUGAAAAAUUACAUAACGAUUUUAAGCACAAUCCUUUUUUGUAUAAUUGUAUUCAAUACAGUUGAGAUAAUUUGAGCUUUCCUGAGUAUUGUUUGCAAAAGUGCUGUGGUAUUGUAAUAAUCUUCACUCCUUCAGCUUAUCUUUGAAUUCAGGCUAAUAUUUGAUCAGAGAACAUUUUCAGACAAAAGUCGAAUCAAUUUGAUAACCAACCAGGACAUAGCAGCGCCUUAAGACAGAAAAUAUACAGUUUGAUUAAGUUAAUGGUGACAGCCAAAAUUUUAACAUUCCUUACAUUUGUUAAUUUCAGGUUUUAGCAGAAUUCGAUGGAUUUUUAAACUGUAGCUGUAGCCACUUGACAUCAUUUGGUGCAAGUCUUUUAGUUGAACCGAAUCCUAUUGACUUCGACAAGGUUUUAGUCGAGUUCCAGCAGUUAUCAGAAACCGGAAAUAUUGCAGUAAUUGUAGCUAUUGCGGUGGUUUUAUCGUGUUAUAUGAUUGUACUCGUUAUCGUAAGGAAAUUCGACAAGGAAGAUGCGAAAAGUGUAAGUGUCGAACCAGAUUUUGCUCAUGAACGUUGCUUUAACGGAGCAUGCUCUCCAGUAUAACCCUUUCACUCCCAUGAUCUGAUUGUUAAUUCUCCCCUCCGACUGCUAUACAUUUUUUUGUAAAUAAGUUACGACAAUUUGCUGAUAGAUCAAGAUAACAACUUCUACCUUACAGGUUUGAAUAUUCUCGUGACCUGUUACCUGAAUAAUGUACGGAUAUUUUUGGGAGAAUAUACAUGUUUAUCACCUGUGGGAGUUAUGGGGUUAAGGAAAAAAAAAAGGUUGAAUGUUGACAGCAUUAUUCGUUUUCAUUGUUUGUUGAGUUGAGAUUUUUAACUUUUAAACGCGUUGAAUAUAUUUUAAAAAUCUUGAACUUUAAAAGUGAAGGGACAGUCAAUUUAAUUAAACUGUUUUUUUAGGGUUGACCAAAUUUGUUUUUUUUUUUUUGUUGGGACUUGGACAAAAAAGCGAAUUAAAAAUAAAAAUCAGCUAGCCGUGUUAGUUAUUCAUUCCUUAUCAUGAUUUUCUAGAGGGAAUUACCGAUCCAACUUCCAUCAUCUUCAAGCAGCACCUAUGAAUAUGUUAUAGAGAUUACUACAGGAGCUUGGAAAAGCUCAGGCACGACUGCUCAUGUUGCUUUGGAGAUUUACGGUUCUGAUGGAAAGAGUGGCGCUCUUCAGCUUAGCCAAGAAGAGCCUGGUGCAGUUAAUACGUUAUUUUCUAGAGGUAAUUCAGAUGUUUUUGUACUAUAUGUUAACAAAUCACUUGGUUCAAUCCAAGGAGUGCAGAUUGGACAUGAUAAUUUUGGAGAUAGUCCCUCGUGGUACCUAGAGGAAAUUCUGAUUCGGGACGUACAGUCUAAGCAGUCGAGGAAAUUCAUGGCUUAUCAGUGGUUUGCUCUUGAGCGCGGAGAUGGGUGCAUCGAGCGGAUAAUCGACAAGACCUCAAAUCAUAUGGAUUUUGGCGAUGAAGUUGCAAAACGUUGGCGAAGAGGCCUCGCAGAGUGGCAUAUUUGGAUUUCAGUAGCAGCCAAGCUAAGAAAAAGCCGCUUUACAAGAGUACAGCGGCUUUCUUGCUGCCUCUCAGUGCUUUUGACAUCUAUGUUUGCUAACGCGAUGUUCUAUAAGUUAGAGGGCAAAUAUGAACAGCCUAUCCAAGUUGGACCGCUGAAAAUGUCGUGGAGACAAGUGGUGACUGGAAUUGAAAGCGCGCUUGUUGUAACACCCAUAAACAUUGUCAUAGUUUUUCUGUUUCAGAAAGGAGCUGAAAAGCCUGCGACGAACAAUGACUAUUGUCUUAAAGGUACCCUGAUCACUGCCAUUGCUUGGUGUUUGUUGUUAUUUUCUUGUAGUGUCUCGGCUGCGUUUUCAAUUUUCUACAGUCUAAUUUGGGAAAAGAGUGUCAGUGAGCAGUGGCUGUCUUCGAUGCUUAUCUCAUUCGCGCAGGACGUAACAAUCAAGGAACCAAUAAAGGUGUUCUUGACGGCUUUAACAUUUGCGACAAUUUUUAAGAUAAAUGCGAAAAAAUUAAAAGUACAUGCUCGCGAAAGCCCUAAGCAAGUUAAAACUGGGUACUAUAAGAAACAUUUUUGGGCACUGCAAUUAUCAGAGGUGGAAGAGAUGAGGAGACGACAAGCUAAGAAACAGAACCUGACACGCUAUUUUAUAGAGUUGUGUUUGUACUUGGUCUUCGUUUUCUUGCUUAUGGCAGUGUGCUAUGGAAACAGAAAUGACCAUCGUUACUUGAUGACAAAAUCAAUCCGAGAUGGACUGCCAAACUUCGGCAAGGUGACUAAACAUUAUUUGAUUAUGAUAAAUCCAUUGCUGAGAUUCGCGUGUUUAAUUUAUCUUAUGACUUUUCUUUCUCUGGAGGUUAAAAAUCAAGUAUAUGUAAGAAAAUUUUACUUUGCCAGCCUCCUUAAGAGCUGGAAUUUUUUUUUCCUCUUUACAGACGUUCAGGGAUUGACUAAGGCAUUUUUUUGCUCUUGUAACGGAUAUUUUAAGCAGGAAAAUCCCUUUAGAAAUAGUGUAAAAGAGAUAUGUUAGUGUACGGGGCCCAAACUUAGGAAGAGAAAGAAAUUCCAAGCGAUAGUAGUGUAAUCCCAUGAAGAGAUUAUGUAGAUUAUGUAUACGACACACCAACUUCAAUGUGUCCAGAUUCCUUGUAUUCUCAUACCAGAUAAUCACAAAGAAUGACAAAUGAGGAUCUUUCCGGCGACGAUUCGAAAUUAUUGCCUCUCACACAGCCUAAAAUACUUCGCUAAAACGAACAAAAACGGCAAAAAAAACUCCAGGUAAUGCUCAAGCAAUGCACAUGGCGUGGGAAACUGCACCCUAGCUAUAUUGUCAGCAGCGCUAUAAACUGUAUGUAAGUGCAACGAAUCAUACAGAUUGGCAUUCAAUUCUGCCAUAGGAGGAGAACCAGAAAGUGGCUACCAUCAUAGACAAAUAAAUAAGCACGUGAGAAUAAUAGUCUAAAACACGCCCAAAAAUAGAAACUAGCUUGUGUGAGUCAAACCAUCUAAUUGUCUAUCAUUUAAAAAAAAAAAAAAUAUAUAUAUAUAUAUAUAUAUAUAUAUAUAUUUAUUUAUAUAUUUGUAAAUUUAUAUAAAUUUAGCACGCUGUCAUAAACAAGAAAACGAUACGUAUAUAAAUAUAUAUGUAUAUAUAUAUGUAUAUAUUUAUUUAUUUAUUUGUUUAUUUAUUUAUUUAUUUAUUUAACCUAAUUAUCUUGAAUCAAUUCAGGUGACAAACAAUACAAUGUACUGGAGCUGGUUACAGCGUGUUUUCAUCCCGGGAGUGUUUUCCGGCAAAUGGUACAACGGUCAAAAAGAAAAUCAAGCAAUUUAUAUUGGUAAUAAACACUCUCUUCUCGUUGGAAUGGCUCGACUAAGACAACUCAGAGUGAAAGCGAGUAGGUGUUUUUUCCAUUUUUAUUACUUUUUGCAUUUAAGUGAAAAGGCUAUUUACCCAAACACGUCAUUUCACCUUUUAUAAUUGUUCAUAUCUAAUUGAGUUUCAUAGAGGAGUGAUUAGUGUCCAAACUUAUGGAGUGAAAUAUGGAUUGAAAUAACAGUUUAUUCAAGUUCUGGUAGAAAAAGAUUGACAUGCGCCGAUAACAAAUUUCUCAACUGCUGGCCAUUCUAAUAAUAAUCUAGACGAGUGUUUAUAUAGCUACGUUUUUUUAUGGACGUUUAUUACAUUUAGCUUUUGAUAACGGCAUUCCUUUGCUCCUUAGGCAAAUGCUGCUUAGAAGGCUUUUAAAACACCUUCAGUUCUCCAUAACAAAAAUGUCCAUGUCUAUUUCAAAGUGCGAAAUGUGACAAGUCGGUAAGUGAAAUGAAUACCAGAACAACCUUCCUAAUUAUAAUCCGUUGUUUUCCAACUUUCAGCACAAUGUGAAGUCCAAAACUAUAUGAAAACAAUGUCCCAAGAAUGUUUCAAUGGAUACUCUACAAAGAACGAAGACAAGACCGCCUACAGCAAACCACGCUGGAGGCCUGUUGACAAUACUACGAGGAAUGACCAGUUAUUACAACUUUGUCCAAAGCCAUGGCGAUAUCAGCAUGCCGAGAAAAUUGACACUAGACCCAGGUGGGGACAGUUCUCCUUUUAUGAUGGAGGAGGAUUUGUAGCAGACCUCGGGUAUGAUAACCAUACGGGGUUCAGUAAAGUAAAAAGUUUACAAAACAACGGUUGGCUUGACAGGCAAACCAGAGUUGUCCUGGCAGAGUUUUCCACAUUCAAUCCGUCGGUGAAUAUUUUAAGUGUUGCCACAUACUUCUACGAAGUUGAUGCAUCUGGACUGAGAGCAGCCUCCAUGCAAAUUCGUGUUCUUUCACUUGAUUCUACAGGCACACCCUCGCAUCAGUUUUACUUGAUUUGUUUGUUCCUGUACAUUGUAUUGGUUUUUCUGUAUUUUGGAAGGGAAAUGUUCAAACUUUACGGUCAUCGUUCUCGAUAUUUCAAGUCUAUCUGGAAUUGGGUUGAGAUGUUUCAAAUUGUUCUUUCUCUGAUUGCCGUAGUGAUACACAUAAUACGACAAAGUGAAGUCAGUUCAACCAUGGGCAAACUGCAUAAAAAUAUUUACGCAAAUCUAAGUUUCCAAGAAGCUAUCAUUAGGCAAGAAGUGGAAAAUGUCGUACUUGGAAUUCUUACUUUCAUUGUCACCACCAAGCUGUUGCGAAUCAUUCGCUUCAACAACUAUGUUGCUCUAUUCUCCAAAACAUUGAAGAUAUCUGCACGAUAUUUGUCAUCCUUUAGCAUUAUUUUAUCCAUUUUCUUUGUGGCAUUUUUGCUUUUCGGUGUCUUGAUGUUUGGCUCUGUAUCUGAGCGCUACUCUUCGGUGCUGAAAGGAGCUUAUUUCCAACUCGAGCUAACUCUUGGCCGAGUAAAAGCGAGACCAAUCGAUGAAUUAGCAGAGGCCUACACGAUACUCGCCAAAAUAUUCGCCUUCCUAAUUCUCUUCACUCUCACUAUUCUCUGUGUGAACUUCUUCAUCGGCAUAAUCAAUGAUUCUCUUUUGGAUGCCAAGAACAACGCGAACGAAAGUGAGCUGUAUAAACUUAUUGAUGAGAACCGUUGCUCGAGCUCAAAAGAAAAAAAAGAAUUUUUCGAUGCAAUCAGUAAUUCAUUGAAACAGUCGAGAACGUCCAAAACGUCAGCAGAAGUGAAGGACAAAGAAUCAGAAAACGUUGGCCUUGACCCUAAGAACAGUUCCAAUCUCAACUUUGAUUUAAUAAGCCAAGCUAUCAUAGCUUGGAGAAAGAAAAGAUCUAGAGAAGCAAUAGAUAAACAGCAAUGCAGCAUAAGGAUACAAUCAUUUUUCGACAAGAGAAGCAAAAUGUUAAAAUAUUUGAAAGGUGAAAGCAAUGACUACUGCAGCAAACGUAGAGCAAAAAAGAAAGUAAGAUUUCAAGAAGAUGUCGUCGAGUAUUGUCUCCGUAAAUUACAUAAGAGAGAGCACGACCUGUUACAACGGCUGGAGAGCAUUGUUUUAGGAUUCUCAACAGAUGACGAAGAAUUUGAUUAUUUAUUAAAAAUAGCGGAAGCUUAUAACCACUAG